CAAGCUCAAGCCUACUGUGCCUCGAGCAUACUAGAACUUCUGUUCUCUUUCGUCUUUUGGCUUGCUUUAAACUUCUUAUAUUACAAAACUCCGGAUAUCUCGUGCGGUUCCUAGACCAACAGUCUUCGUCUUUUGAGGAUGCGAAUCGCUAUCGAAGGGUGUUGCCACGGUGCUCUUGAUGCAAUUUACCAGCAUAUACAGAACCUCGAGACCAAGAACGACUACGUUGUAGAUCUACUUCUUAUAUGCGGGGACUUCCAGGCCGUUCGAAACCACCGCGAUCUUCAGUGCAUGGCCGUUCCAAACAAGUAUCGGCAGCUCGGAGAUUUUUACAAAUACUACACAGGAGAGAAGAAGGCACCAAUCUUGACGAUUGUCAUCGGAGGUAACCAUGAGGCUUCGAAUCAUUUUUGGGAGUUAUAUCAUGGAGGAUGGCUUGCACCUAAUAUCUACUUCCUCGGUCAUGCGGGAUGUGUACAAGUCGGCGGUCUUCGCAUUGCAGGAGCUUCCGGCAUCUUCAAGGGUCACGACUUCCGACAAGGGCAUUUCGAGCGCGUACCAUACGACCACGGAACCAUGCGUAGCAUAUACCACAUACGAGAGUACAAUGUUCGCCGUCUAUCCCUUCUAUCCUCACCCGACAUCUUCCUAUCGCACGAUUGGCCCCAAUCAAUCGAGCAUUUUGGAGACUUGCAAGGUCUCCUUCGGCGAAAACCAUUCUUUCGACAAGACGUCAACUCCGGAAAACUUGGCUCGCCACCAUUGAUGGGUCUUCUCCGCAAUCUUCGCCCCAAAUGGUGGUUCUCUGCCCAUCUCCAUGUCCGUUUCGAGGCCACCGUACGUCAUGAUCAAGAUGGCACUUCCCAACCACAAGCUCAGAGUGUUGCACAACCUACGGCGGCAAACCCAGAUGAAAUUGCGAUCGACGAUGACGACGAAUUCAGCGAUGCACCUGCACCUCAAAUGGCUGGGCCAGCCGAUGCUUCGGUGGGACCAUCUCCUGCGCCCGUGUCCUCGAACCCCGAUGAAAUUACGCUGGAUGACGAGGCAGUAGACGUUGCCACCCCGCCGCCACCACCUUCAGGUAAUAUCGAAACCAAGUUCCUUGCACUCGACAAGUGUCUCCCAAAACGGGACUUCCUCGAGAUCAUUGAUUUACCUUGCGCAUUUGACUCUCUCCCGCUGGCUUCUUUAGGCGAGCGUCGUAUCCCCAAACUUGGAUUUGACCCAGAGUGGCUGGCAAUUACCAAGGCGUUCGACUCUCUUUUCCCAGUGUCGCGAAGACAGGCCGCAUAUCCUGACGAAAGUGCUGCUCGAGAUUUGAUCAAGGAGCAGCUCGCUUGGGUACAAGAGAACGUUCAAGCCAAGAGCUCGCCCAUGAGCACGUCAUCUUCGAGCGAUUCCGCGAGUUUAUUCAAAGCCCUCGAUGAUGUUCAAACUUUCUCGCAGGUGGCUCCGGGCCCUGGCAAUGAAGGCAGCGCAAAGAAUCACCAACCACCCUAUUACGCCAGUCCUCAGACGGAAGCAUUUUGCAAGAUGCUAGAAAUCGACAACAAGCUCGUCAAGCCAAGUUUCCUACCUUCAUGAACCAACUUUGAUGGAGUGAUUACCCUGUUUGCCUGGUCUUAUAAUGAGAUACAUGACCUUGUGUUUUGCUUGGGAUGGAAUACGCCUUGAACUUC